UUUUUUAUUCUUGUUAAAAUAUGCUACACCAAAACUGCUGUGACUGCAGCGACACAAUGGCCGUUGGAGGAAGGGACCACCACCACCACCACAGCACGUUCACACGCCCCAGAUAAAAGACAAAACUUGGUCACGCAGUACACACACGCAAACCUCCCUCUCGGUACACACACUCCCAUAAAACGCUUACGUUGAGAACGUUGCACUUCAUAACAAUCUAGUUGCAGUUUUCGUCUCACGUAACUCCAGUAUAAGUCUUUUUGUUACUUUGUUUGUUUGUUCAUUCACUCAGGAACGUAGUUGUCACAACUCCUGACUGUAUUAUUUCGUGUUUUCUGUGAGAGGCAAAAAAAAAAUUAGUAGAUUGUGCAGAAAAGAAAAAUGGAUUUUUUCUCGUCUUGCAAAUCAGCCGUCAGUGGCUUCUUUAACAAAAUUGAUGAGGUGAAGGCUCCCUUGAAGCUCACGAACCCCGGAACGGUGGAAAACUUGGCAAAGGAGGUGUCGAGAGAUAUCCUGCUGACGAACUAUGCCUUCACUGGUGUCCGAGCUGAUAUCACCAAGGGAUUUUGCACGAGCCCAUGGUUUACAGUGUCACACGCAUUCGCCUUGGGUAGCCAGGUGUUGCCUCCUUACUCGUUUAGCACGAUGUUUGGAGGUGAGCCCCUGUUUCUGCGUGGCAGCGUUGACAAUGACGGUUCUUUGCAGGCUCUUGCGAACUGCACCUGGAACUCGGACAUCACUACAAAAGUUCAACUGCAAUUGUCCAAGGGUACUGCACCCAGCAUGUGUCAGAUUGAGCACGAUCACAGAGGCAAGGAUUUCAGUCUGAGCCUUAAGGCUAUGAAUCCGUGGUUGGACGACGACAGAUUGACGGGUAUUUACAUUCUUUCCUAUCUGCAAUCAGUCACGUCUAAGCUUGCUUUGGGUGUGGAAGCCCUUUGGCAGAAGCCUGCUCCCUCCGUGGGACCUGAGGAUGUUGGACUCAAUUACGUGGCCCGCUAUAACGCUGGCGACUGGAUCUGGACGGCUCAUUUGAACGGCAGCCAAGGCGACUUCACCACAACUUACUGGCGCAAGUUGAGUCCCAAGGUGGAGGCAGGUGUUGAGUGUCAGUUGUCGCCCGUUGGUCUGAACCGUCAAAUGGCUAUGCUCGCGGGACCCAAGCCCGAGGGUUUGACAUCUGUGGGUCUGAAGUACGAGUUUGCUCACAGCGUUUACCGCGGACAAAUCGACAGUCAAGGAAAGGUUGGUGUGUACUUGGAGCGUCGACUUGCUCCUGCUAUUACUCUUGCAUUCAGCAGCGAACUUGACCAUCCCAAGCGUGCAGCCAAGCUUGGUCUCGGUCUGAGUCUCGAGCUUCCCGGCAACGACGAAAUGAUCCAACAGGUUGAACAGCAACAACAACAACAAUCACAAGUCGCUUAAAGGGUUAAGCCAACACGUCUACUUCAUUCUUGAUGAUUUUGACGGAGGAACGGUGCGAUAUUCGUUAAACUCUUUCUCCGUUUUCUCUUUCCCAUACCACUUUGCUGCUAUCCUUAUUACAGCUGCUGCUUGCAGAAGCUCCCUCCUUCCAGUCACACAACAAGAACCUAGUCCUGUAACAGCA